GUUGUGGCGCUACUGAAGUCCUCGCAAUUGGAAUGGAAAAUGGGUUAAUUAUAUGGUCACAACUGUCCGCUUCUUCUUCACUCGAAGGAUAUAAUGCCUCCGAUGCAAAACUAAAUGGCGCUGGACAUUGGUUGCCUGCAGAAGAUGAUAUUGAUCCAUGGCUACAGGUUGAUUUUGCAAUUAUAUUGUGGUUAGAGGAAUUAACAACGCAAGGCGCGUCAAGUUCCGAACAAUGGGUGAAAACUUUCACGAUAUCUUACGCGAUAAAUUUCACAGUAUUUACGAACCUUACCGAAAGCGGAGCAAUUAAGGUAAAAAUUAAUGAAAAAUAUCUUGCUGAAAACAUGAAGUUUAUAUCUAAUAUUAGGAAAGGAGUUCAAGUGAAAUGA